GCGCUCGAGCUGCUGACAUCCUCCCUCCCCCACCCCUCCCACCUCUACCUCUCUCUCUCUUUUUUCUCUCUCUCUCUCCUCCCUCUGCGUGCAUCCAUCCCCUCCGUCCCUCCUCGCUCCGCUCCUCUCCUCCACACGCACAAAACGCUCUGUCAUGGCGUCUUCCAACCAUGUUACCCCCACCAACUGUAGCUGGUGGCCCAUCUCAGCCAUGGAUGAGGACGGCAAAGUGGCGGACGGAGAGGAGUGCGAGGAGCCCACGGCGGAGUCCAAACCUUUCAACAAAGACAGGCUGGUUUUGUACCACUGGACGCAGUCUUUCGCCUCACAGAAGGUACGUCUAGUGAUCCAUGAGAAGGGUCUGGUGUGUGACGAGAGGGAUGUGAGUUUGCCGCUGCAGGAGCACAAAGAGCCCUGGUUCAUGAGACUGAACCUGGGGGAGGAGGUUCCCGUCUUCCUCCACGGAGACACCAUCAUCAGCGACUACAACCAGAUUAUAGACUACAUGGAGAAAAACUUUGUGGGAGAGACGGUGGCUCAGCUGAUUCCUGACCCGGACUCACCUCUCUACGACCGCGUGCAGCAGUACCGCCACCUGCUGGACGGCCUGCCCAUGGACGCUUACACGCACGGCUGCAUCCUCCAUCCAGAGCUCACCACUGACUCUAUGAUCCCAAAGUACGCCACCGCAGAAAUACGUAGACACUUGGCUAAUGCUGCAACUGAGCUGAUGAAACUGGACCAUGAAGAACCUCAGCUGACAGAACCGCAUUUGUCCAAGCAGAAAAAGCUAAUGGCAAAGAUCUUGGACCAUGAUAAUGUGAACUACUUGAAGAAAAUCCUGGGGGAGUUAGCCAUGGUUCUGGACCAAGUGGAGGCUGAACUUGAGAAAAGAAAACUAGAGUAUCAAGGUCAAAAGUGCGAGUUGUGGCUUUGUGGACCUGAAUUUACGCUAGCUGAUAUCUGCCUUGGAGCCUUGUUGCACAGGCUCAAGUUCUUGGGACUUUCUAGGAAAUACUGGGAGGACGGCAGCCGGCCCAACCUGCAGUCCUUUUUCGUGCGUGUCCAAAAACGCUACGCUUUUCGAAAGGUGUUGGGCGACAUCCACACGACUCUCCUGUCAGCAGUCCUACCUAACGCCUUCCGAAUGGUAAAAAAGAAGCCGCCAUCUUUCUUCGGGGCCUCGUUUCUCAUGGGCUCUCUGGGUGGGAUGGGCUACUUUGCCUACUGGUAUUUAAAAAAGAAAUACAUGUAGUGAAUGCCCUCUUGUUGUGUUAAAUGUCUGUGUAUUUGUGUGAUGCUUCAACUUUUCUGUAAUGUUUUAUGACUGCAGGAAAAUAUAAUGAAUCUAUAUAGAGAACACUAUUACUUACCUGGGUACACAAAGAAAUAUGAAAACAUUCCAUAGUAUGAAUUUAAUGACAGCACAUUUUAUGGUAGUAAAGGCCUUUGUUAACUGUUCAUUUCUGAAACUUGCAGCUUUUGUGCAUGCAAGACCUCAUUUCUUUAUUUAUUAUUUAUUUUAGUUUUAGUUUUUUGGAGGCAUGCAUCAUUUCCACACUGAAAAGAGAGACCUGGUUAAAACGUUGAGCAUAACCAACUCUUCCAUUUCUUUGAGUUUCCAGCUGAUAAAAUCACUGCAUAUAAAUAAAUAUGUUCUGAAAAGUGCUGCUCUGCUGGAAACUGCCAGAUAAAAUGCUACGGAGGGAUUUUUUUUAAUACAGGUUUUGUUAGGAGUAUGAUUUUUAAAUAAGAGGAAAUUGUUUUUGCUAGUUAGCAUUAAGACUGGUAAACGUUUUUGAUCUGUCUGAAAUAUAUAAGACUUAUCAUACAAAUAUCACCAAUACCCCUUCAAAAAUAUUUCAAACUACCACAGUUGUGCGUUAUUAAUGCAUCCCAUAGGUAUUUUUAUCCUUGGACAGAGUAAAGUUAGCCGUUUUCGUAUAAUAAUUUAACUUCUUUUAUCAGGACAGAAUAAAAAUAAAAAUGAUGUCCAGAUAUCUACAAAAAUAUUAUUUCCCAUAUUCCGUAAUAUUAAAAUCCAUUUAAUUUAUAUGUUGCAAAUUGUGGUCACCAUAAUGCUACAGUUGUUAGCAUUAGUUUAGCAUGAAAACUAGAAAAAUAAGUUAGACUUUCAGAAACCUACAGAGUUGACCAAACUAAAUCCCUGCAAUUCCUGGAUUAAAAUAACCUGAAUUAAUUUUCAUAACUUACAAAAUUAACUGUGGCGUUAUUUCUUCUGAAGUGUUUUUACCCUUAGAUAAAGAACAACUAGCUUGUUUUAUUUGUUAUUUUUCAUACAUCUCUGAUGCUAAACUGGAGCCAGUAGAAAAAAACAUAAAUAUCUACUUGAAGUGAUGCACUAAAUAUUUAUAUCUAUCUACAAAACUUAAAACCAGCCAAGGAAAUGUUUUUUUUUUGUCAUGAUUUAGCCUUUGGACCGGGAGGUUAGCAGCAGUUUCUCGUCUGUCAGCAACGCUAACUAUUAGACCAGUUUCAAUAAAGAAAAAACUUUAAAAAACAAGUUAGGAAGAACAAAGUAUUUAUUUUUAAUGUUUUUUAAAUUGGUGUAAAUUUCAAAACAGCCCCAAACCCAUUUGUUGUUAAUUGUUUUCGCCACAGAAAGAAGAUAGCUAUCGUUAGCAUAGCAUAAAGAUCAGAAAAAGAAUGUACAAGAUCACUUGUACAUUCUUGUUAGCUGUUUUUUACCAUAAUUUCUAAUCUUACCAAUACUAAAAUACAUAAUUUAAACAAGAGAUAUGGUCAUAAUAAUACAAUAAAAUACUGAUGUGAAUUUCUCAAUUGCUGCAAAUUUAAAAGUAGCACCACAGAACAGAGAUGAUUAUUGUUAGCUUAGCAUAAUGACCAUGAAAGGAUAAAAGCUAGCUUGUCUUUGGCUAAAACUUAUAAACUAACCAAUCUGAAUCUCACUAAUUCUCCUUGUAAAAACUUUUCAAAUUCUUACACUAUAGAUAACAUUUAUUGUUUAUCUACAAAUUCAAAAUGAGCUAUGGAGGUGUUAACGAUCUCUCAUGUCACCAAUUAUAAAUAUUGGGGAUAUUUUUUUAAACUCAUUAAUAAAGGCCAAAUAAUACAGUAAUACACAUUAUUUUCCAAACUCAAGCAAAUAUAAUUUUUAUAUUGAACUAAUUUGUUGCAUAUAUGAAGAGCAAAGUAAGGGAAUGUAAACUAGAUAUAAUUAUAUAACUAAAUUUACCGGUUAUCUUCAAAGUCAAAGUGAGCUCUGAAAAUGCUUUUUGUUGGGUAUUUUUUGGAAAGAGAAAAUUAGCCGCUGCACAUUUUUUGCCAAUAUUAAAUGUUGGACCUUAUUAAAAAAGUUAACAUUGUAUUUUUUUUUGUUCAACCCUCAAAAUAAAUAUUUUACACAUUUGUAUAAAAAACUAGGAGUGUUAAAUCCACAGGUGGAGAUAAAUGGUUUACAUAUGUUUACAUGUUUUUGUUUUAUUCAAAUCAAGUUUUCUGCUCUACUUCUGUGUACAAUCACUGUGUAAAACCUGCAAACUGUUUUACUGCAGAUUCUCAGUGAUUUCCAAAAGGUUUUUGAAUUGUUAAACCAGGUCACAUUAUUUCCUGCAGUCAAACACUUCCUCUGAUUUCUGAUCCAGUUUUCAGUUUUUAUCUCACGCUAACAGACUGUAGCUUUACUGAGCCUCAUAGUGACAACUCUGCUCUCUUCUAACCCACAGAAUAGUGAUUUUUUCCAAAAAUAUCAACGUAAUUACUACAAUGUUAGCUCACAAAAUACCACAAAGACAUUGUUAAAUUAUUUAUUUUCAGCUGCACAGGCUACACAGCACACCUCGGAUCAUUGUCAUAAACUUUGGGUGUUUUAAACGUUACACUUAGCUUUUACAAUUAUUGAAAUUUAAGUUCUGCAUCUGUGGCACCAAAAGUUGUAUUAGGUUUAGGGUGUGUGUGUUUCAUUGCAUGGGUCCUGUUUAAUGUUUAAUGCUGUGAUGGGUGGUCACUUUGUGUUGACAAGAGGUAAAAUAUGCUAACUGUAACAUUUAAAGCACCUGCACUGUUCAGUGUCCAAGUGGUCGUCCUCAGCAAUACCAAGCAAGUGAAAUUACGUUUAAUUGCUGCUGUUUGUACGACGCCGUAUUUGGGCCAGGAAAUGAAAAAAGGAGUAAAUUUCCAUCAAAAAAAA